AUGAGCAAGGCACAACAACUUGCACAACAAUUUUUUUGUUCACUCGAUACAGAACCAGAUGUAAUGAAUAGCGCUAAAAGGGAUAGAUCAUCACUAGACAAUGAAGAAGAGAAGGAGUUUGGGACACUUUGCUUUAGAAAGAAAACUUUUAAAGCUUUUAUCACAUUCCUUGACCUCCCAUCGGAAAUUGUGGAUCUCAUCUUCUCGCAUCUAUCAAGGACAGAUAUAAUCAACCUUUCAUCAAUCUGCUCCAGUUAUAGAGAGUUUUUAAGUGACAGGGUUCUUCACAAUGUCAAAGCCAGUUGGGAGAUGCUAUUGAAGGAGGCUGAUGGAAAGACAAAGUUCCUACUCGAGCAUAAGUUGCAAGUUCAGCAACUCCACAUUUCUGAACCCAACUCUCUGUGUGAGUGGAACUUGGAUAUAUUUGAAGACGUACUACGGAGACUACCCAAGCUACGACACUUGAAAAUUAACACCACGAGCUCCUCAAACUGGCUCAAGUACAGAUCGAAUGAUGCAAUUCAGGAGCUUACCUUGUACCUGAAUAGACCCCAAAAUUUGUUGCGCGGUAGUAGACUCGAAGUGCCUAGACGCUCAUUCAACAUUGAACACAUAAACAAUUUCAAAAUGCUACGUGCACUAACUGUGUAUCGUUACAAUUUCCUUUGGGACUCAAUGGAAGUCGUCUACCCAGUAAUGAUGCUUGAAAAUCUCAAGGUCAUCAACUGCGAUUGGAGUUAUCCUUUUAAAAUUUCACAAUUCAAUUACAAUCACUCUUUGAAAACUUUGCAUCUCGAAUGGCUGGAAACAGAUCAGUUUUUGCUUUCCGAGAGAUUCAAGGAUUUCUCGCAAUUCAAUGAUGAAGGGUUGCAAAGUAUAGAAUCGUUGGCAAUUGUCAUUAAUUCAGCUGUCUCAAGUGACUCAAGUGACUCAAGGGACCCAUACGGAGAAAAUGGUGAAAUUAGCAAUAAUGAUUUUGAGGUGAAUGUUAGCGGUAACAAUGAUGGUAACAGUGAUCACGAUUAUAUAUGGAGAGUAUUGAUAGCUGUUCAAGAACCAUUUGUUCAAAAGUUAUUGGAUACCAAAAGGUUUCCCAACUUGAGAAGCUUACAUCUCAGUGGGUUUGAGUUCGUGGUGGAGUCAAGCUCGUGGCUCGCUGAGUGCUUGAAAAACAAUUCGACAUUGCUGUCAUUCAAAUUGGAAUGUGCAGGACUGAGAUUGGACGCUAGUAUACAAUAUGCCGAUGUUCAGAGGAAGUGUAGAAGAGAAAAUCCAGAUAAGGAAGUGAUUAUCAAACAUAUAGAUCGCUUUGCUUUUGCAAAUACAGAGACAUACCUUUUGAAGAUCCCCACUUAUUAUGACAUUCCCUUUUCCAAACAGCAGGACUCAUUGCCAAAAGGUUCUCUACACGAUGUACUUCAACUCAAUGGCACACAUUCUGUGAUUUUAGAUUUUCCCAUUGGCUCAAUCAAGGAUCAAUUGGAUAGACGACAAGAUGAAGUGAGCUUUAAAAACGAGAUUACCUUGACCUAUAACACUAAAAAACCAAUACUAAAGACACUUUUAGUACGGAUCAACAACUACAACGGCACGACAUUUACAAAUAAUGACCUCAUCAAUGUCAAGCUUUGCUGGCCUGCUACAUCUCCUUAUGAUUUUCGAAUAUCGCAUAGUUAUAUAAGAACAAAUGAUGAGAUGGCAUUGUCGAGAAAGGUGCCUCAAGAACUGCCAAGGUUGGACUUGUACUUGAAGAUAGAAUAUGAGUUUUUUGGAAUUACAUAUGAUAAGGAGAAGUAUUUGAGCAAGGGUAGCGAAGUUGGUUUUAUGCUUCACAUCAAUAAGUUACCAGUAAAUUGGUUGCCCAUUCCAUUGGAGUUGUAUGAUUUUAUUUUGUAUCUAGUCGACAUUUUGAUCCUUAUAUUGACCCAAUUCGAGUUGAUUAGACGAGUCCUCAAAGUAUAG